CGCUUCUUCUGCGUGCGUUCUCACGUCGGUUACCUAGGCAACCGCUAGAGCCUGAAACGCCGCUGUUAGGAGAAAGAAGAAACCGUCACCGUCCUGAAAAGAGAAGUCCGGACCGGCAGCAUGCAGCUGAAACACCUGAAGACCCUGCUGAGCCCACAGGACGGAGCAGCGAAGGUCACGUGUAUGACUUGGUCUCACAAUAACGCCAAGUUUGCCGUGUGCACCGUGGACCGCGUGGUUCUGCUGUACGAUGAACACGGAGAGAGGAGGGACAAGUUCUCCACAAAACCUGCUGACGCCAAGUACGGGAAGAAGAGUUACAUGGUGAAGGGUAUGGCCUUCUCCCCGGACUCCACAAAGAUCGCUAUUGGACAGACGGACAACAUCAUUUACGUUUACAGGAUCGGGGAGGACUGGGGAGAUAAGAAGGUGAUCUGUAAUAAAUUCCUUCAGACGAGCGCGGUCACCUGUCUCCUGUGGCCUCUAGAGAACUCCAUCGUCUUUGGCCUGGCUGAAGGGAAGAUCCGUCUGGCAAACACCAAAACCAACAAGUCCUCCACCAUAUACGGGACUGAAUCCUACGUCGUGUCCCUGACCUCCAAUAUUUCAGGAAAAGGGAUCUUGUCCGGCCACGCAGACGGCACCAUCGUCCGCUACUUCUUUGACGAUGAAGGUUCUGGAGAGUCUCAGGGGAAGCUCGCCACCCAUCCCUGCCCCCCGUACGCCCUGGCCUGGGCAUCCAGCAGCAUCGUUGCUGGUGGCUGUGAUAAGAAGCUUGUGGCUUAUGGUCGAGAAGGACAAGUCAUCCAGACUUUUGACUACAGCCGAGACCCUAGUGAGCGGGAGCUGAGCGUGGCUGUCACUAGUCCUAGUGGGCAGUCUGUAGUGGUCGGCAGCCAUGACAGAUUGCGAGUGCUGAACUGGAGCGCCCGCAGGGGAUUGUGGGAAGAAUCGCGGCCCAAGGACAUCCCCAACCUGUACAGCAUCACGGCUCUGGCCUGGAAGAGGGACGGCUCCAGACUCUGCGCAGGCACGCUGUGUGGAGGGGUGGAGCAGUUUGACUGCUGCCUGCGACGUUCCAUCUACAAAAAUAAGUUUGAGAUGACCUAUGUUGGACCAAGUCAGGUGAUUGUGAAGAACCUCUCCUCGGGGACUCGUGUGGUGCUGAAGUCUCAUUAUGGAUAUGAGGUCGAUGAGGUGAAGAUUUUGGGGAAGGAUCGAUUCCUGGUCGCUCAUACGUCUGACACUUUGCUUCUCGGAGACCUGGUUUCCAACCGGCUGAGUGAGGUGGCGUGGCCCGGCUCCGGAGGCAACGAGAAAUUCUUCUUUGAAAAUGAGAAUGUCUGCAUGAUCUUCAAUGCCGGGGAGCUGACCCUGGUGGAGUAUGGAAGUAACGAGGUGCUGGGGAGUGUCCGCACAGAGUUCAUGAACCCCCAUCUCAUCAGUGUGCGGCUGAACGAGCGGAAACAGCGAGGCACGGAGGACAACAAGAAGCUGGCCUACCUUAUAGACAUGAAGACCAUAGCCAUAGUGGACCUGCUGUCUGGGUAUAAUUUGGGUAUGGUCACUCAUGACACCAAAAUCGACUGGUUGGAGCUGAAUGAAACCGGACAUAAACUGCUCUUCAGAGAUAAGAAGCUUCGGCUGCACCUUUUUGAUGUGUCCGAUGGACAGAAGACGACCAUCCUGAAUUACUGCUCCUACGUCCAGUGGGUGCCUGGAAGCGACGUGGUGGUGGCGCAGAACCGGAGUAAUCUGUGUGUCUGGUACAAUAUCGAUUCUCCAGAGAGGGUCACCAUGUUCCCGCUGAAGGGUGACAUUGUGGAGCUGGAGCGCAGCGAGGGGAAGACUGAAGUCAUCGUCACUGAAGGGGUUAAUACCGUGUCUUACACUCUGGAUGAGGGAUUGAUAGAGUUUGGCACGGCCAUCGAUGACGGAGACUAUUACCGAGCUGCAGCUUUCCUCGAGACAUUAGAGAUGUCCUCAGAGACUGAAGCCAUGUGGAAGAGUCUCAGCAAGCUCGCUCUGGAGGCCAGGCACCUGCAUGUGGCCGAGAGGUGUUUCUCAGCGCUGGGAGAUGUCGCCAAGGCUAAAUUUCUGCGUGAGACCAAUGAGAUUGCAGAUCAGACAGCCGAUGAAUUUGGAGGUGAUGGCUCAAGAAAUUACAAGGUUCAAGCUCGACUUGCCAUGUUGGUCAGGAACUACAAACUGGCUGAGAUGAUAUUCCUGGAACAAAACGCCGUGACUGACGCCAUCAUGAUGUACCAGGAGCUACACAUGUGGGAUGAGUGUAUUGCUGUAGCUGAGGCCAAGGGUCACCCGGAGCUGGAGAACCUAAAGCGCAGCUACUUACAGUACCUGGCAGACAGCCACCAGGAGGAGAAGGCCGGAGAAGUGCGGGAGCAGGAGGGUGACUAUGUGGCCGCUGUCAGUCUCUACCUUCGAGCAGGGCUCCCGGCCAAGGCGGCCCGGCUGUGUAUGGGCCAGGAGCAGCUCCUACUGGACACGGAGCUGGUCGGGAGAGUCACUGCUGCCCUCAUAAAGGGAGACUUCUAUGAAAGGGCCGGGGAUCUCCUGGAGAAGAUUAACAACUCCCGUCGGGCACUGGAGUGCUACUGCAAGGGCUUUGCCUUCCGAAAAGCGGUGGAGCUCGCCCGUGUGGCCUUCCCUGCGGAGGUGGUGAAGCUGGAGGAGUCCUGGGGCGAUUACCUGGUGCAGCAGAAGCAGCUGGACGCCGCCAUCAAUCACUACAUCGAGGCCGGGUGCUCGGUAAAGGCCAUUGAAGCUGCAUUAGGCGCUCGGCAGUGGAAGAAAGCCAUUCACAUCCUGGAGCUGCAGGAGCCGCGGACGGCCAGUGACUACUACCUGAAGAUUGCGCAGCAUUACUGCUCUGUGCAGGAGUACGAGCUGGCCGAGCAGCUGUAUAUCAAGGCCGGGAGGAGCAAGGAGGCGAUUGACAUGCACACGCAGGCCGGCCGCUGGGAGCAGGCACACGCGCUGGCCGUGAAGUUCAUGAACCCAGAAGACGUGUCUGUCCUGUAUGUCACCCAAGCCAAGGAGCAGGAGAAGCAGGGGCACCACAGGGAGGCCGAGCGAUUAUACAUCACGGUGGAUGAACCAGAUCUCGCGAUCGCGAUGUACAAGAGACACCAUUUACAUGAGGACAUGAUCCGUCUGGUCACCAGGCAUCACCCGGACCUCUUGAUGGACACCCACCUGCACUUGGGCAAGGAGCUGGAGGCCGGGGGGCGUCUGCGGGAGGCUGAGUACCACUACCUGAAGGCCAAGGACUGGAAGUCCGCUGUGAAUAUGUACAGAGCAGCUGAUAUGUGGGAGGAGGCGCACAGGGUGGCAAAAGCGCAAGGAGGGGCCAACGCUCAUAAACAUGUCGCUUACCUCUGGGCAAAGAACCUGGGAGGAGAGGCGGCUGUGAAGCUACUUACCAAAUUCAGCCUGAUGGGGACCGCCAUCGACCAUGCCACUGAGAACGGCACAUUUGAUUUUGCCUUUGAGCUGGCCCGUCUGGCAACGAAAGAGAAGCUUCCAGAGAUCCACCUGAAAUACGCCAUGUUCCUGGAGGACGAGGGAAAAUUUGCUGAAGCUGAAGGUGAAUUUGUUAAAGCCGGGAAACCCAAGGAAGCCGUUCUCAUGUAUGUCCACAACCAGGACUGGGACGCGGCUCAGAGGGUGUCUGAGCUGUAUGACCCGGACAGUGUCGGGGACGUGCUCGCAGGCCAGGCUCGCUUCGCCUUUGAACAGAAGGAUUUCCAGAAGGCAGAAGCGUUCUUGCUGCGUGCGCAGAGACCUGAGCUCGCCGUGAAGCAUUAUAAGGAAGCGGGCAUGUGGAGCGACGCCAUCCGGAUCUGCAAGGAGUAUAUCCCGGCCCUACUGGAGCAGCUGCAGCAGGAGUAUGAGCGGGAGGGCAUGAAGAAAGGAGCCAGAGGAACAGAGGCUUUAGUGGAGCAGGGCCGGGAGUGGGAGCAAGCGGGAGAAUAUGCCCGAGCCGUGGACUGCUACCUGAAAGUGAAGGACCUGGAGAGCACAGAACUGAUGGAGAAAUGCUGGAUGAAGGCGGCGGAGUUAUCCAUCAAAUUCCUGGUUCCAAGCAGAAGUUUAGAAGUGAUUCAUCUCGUUGGCCCUAAGUUGAUGUCUGCUGGAAAACACAAUGCGGCUGCGGAGUUGUAUCUGAACAUGGACCUCAUUAAGGAAGCAAUUGAUGCCUUUAUAGAUGGAGAAGAGUGGAACAAAGCCAAGAGAGUGGCCAAGGAGCUGGACUCCAGGUAUGAGCAGUAUGUGGAUGAGAGAUAUAAGGAUUACCUGAAGAACCAGGGAAACGUGGACUCGCUUGUCGGGGUUGAUGUCAUGGCUGCUCUGGACAUGUAUGCUGAGCGCGGGCAGUGGGAGAAGUGUAUAGACAUCGCUGGGAAGCAGAGUUACAAGGUGCUCCAUAAAUAUGUCGCCCUGUUUGCCACACAUCUCAUCAAAGAUGGAAACUGGGAGAAGGCACUUGCCUUGUAUGUCCAGCACGGAGCUCCAGCUAAUGCCCAGAACUUCAACAUCUAUAAACGGAUCUUCAUUGAGAUGGUGAACAGUGAGGGAAUGAACUGUGCAGAAGUGUACCACACGUGGGCAAACCUCCGAGACAUGCUGUACAACCUGUGCGAGAAUCUGAUGAAGUCCAGUGAAGUGAAUUCUCCAGCGCACCAGGAGUUUGAACAGAUGAUGCUGACCGCCCAUUAUUACUCCACCCGUUCCGCAUCCCAGGGAGUCCAGCAGUUGGACGUUGUAGCUGCAAAGCUCUGUGUCUCUUUGCUGCGUCACACGGAUCUUCUCCCUGCAGACAAGGCCUUCUAUGAGGCUGGAAUGGCGUCGAAGGCGAUGGGAUGGGAAAACUCGGCCUUCAUCUUCUUGAACAGAUUUUUGGACCUGGUAGAUGCCAUCGAGGAGGGGAACCUGGAUGCCCUCGACCACUCAGAUUUCCAGUCUACAGAUAUUCCCUUCGAAGUUCCGCUCCCUGCAAAGCAGCACAUUCCGGUGGAAAAGCGAGAGGAGGUGAGAGAAUGGGUGCUGGCCGUUUCCAUGGACCAACGUGUGGAGCAAGUCCUUCCAGUUGAUGAGAGGGGCGUCUAUGAGGCGUCGUUGGUGGCCGCCAACAGCGGGAUCCGGUCGCUUCCUUGUGUGAUCACAGGGUAUCCCGUGCUCAGGAACAAGGUAGAAUUCAAACAGCCGGGCAAAGCCGCAAACAAAGACGACUGGAACAAAUUCCUCAUGGCCAUUAAGACCAGCCACAGCCCAGAGUGCCAGGAUGUGCUGAAGUUCAUCAGUCGGUGGUGCGGAGCGCUCCCCAACACCAGCUUCUCCUUCCAGUGAGAAGAGCCCAGUUCUGUAGUAAUAAAUGCUGUGACGUGCUA